GUUAAAGAUAAGCUAUGAUUGUUGAAUUGAUUGAAAAGUUGGGACUCUCGUCCUAUUUCUCUGGCCAAGAUGUGCCUUACUCUCAAUUGAGUCUUGAACAAUUGAAGAACAUGACUAUUCUUGAACGUAUCCAAGCCAAUGAUUGGAAGUUGGAAUACAUCACCUUGGCCUUCACUGCUGUGUUUGUCAUUUUGUUCAAACUUGGUGAUUUCUAUAACCAAUGGUUGGUUACCAACUACCUCAAGGCUCUUAAGGGUGUCUUUACCAAGAACUUUGCUCAAUACGGUGUUUCUAGUGAUGGAUCCCUUUAUGUUAAGGAUAGUUCUGAAAGUUAUUCAUCUUAUGCCACUGGAAGAGCUAACAUUGCCAAGGUUGACUUAACCUUUAGAUUGGCUCCAAGACAUAAUUCAUUCGUAUGGAUCUUGGAAACUCUUCUUUCUAUCUUUACUGAAUCCGUACAAGCUCCAACUGACAGAGUUGACAUUGUUAUUACUCCUUCUGCUGAAUAUGAUAACUUUAUUCUGGCCAUUGUUUCUAAAUUGGGAAUGAAUGACUUCAGAAAGUUUAACUAUUACCUUUCAUUGACCAAGACUUCUGAUAGUGCUAGAUUACCCGAAUCAUUUGUUUUCAUGAGUGAAGCUGCUGAAUUCCAAGACAAGACCCUUACUGAAGAAUUGCGUCAAUCUUUGAAAUUGGACACUGCUUCUUUCUUGAGAUUUAUUGCCAUUACUGAUCAACCAACUGAAAAGCCAGCUACCAUUCCUGAAUGUCAACCAGUUCGUAGAAUUGUUGUAUCUACCAAGCUUGUUACUGGAUCUGAUCAAUUAGCUCAAAUCUCCAAGGUUUUGAACUCUGUCUUCAACUUGGUUGAUCAUUUGGCCACCAAGAAGAUUCUGUUCAAGCCUGAAGCUUUGAAGAAGAUUGUCAAGACUAGAGAAGUUGAAAUUUCCAAGAUUAAGAAGAUUGAUGAAGAAAUUAAGGCUGAAAAAUUGGCUGAAGAACAAGCCAAGUUGAAGAAGCAAGAACAAGCAAGAUUGAGAAACUUAUCUUCUGCUGAACAAGAAAAACUUGAAAAGAAGGCAUUGGAAAAGAAGCAAAGAAAGGCUCAAAGAAAGCAAAAGCUUAGAAUGUAA